ACUUACUCAUUUUCACUCCUUCUAAAUACUAAUUAUUUUUACACAAUAUGAGCCAACCGCUGCCUUUGGAAAACCUUGAUCGCAGGCACCCCAGAGGAAGGUUCUCGUGGGUCAGAAGACUAAUGCAAGGUCAACAUCGACAGCAAGGACAAUUGAUGGCUCCCAAUUUAACGGCCCGCGGCGGCACGUAUGGCGCCGCGUAUCUCGCCCCACUGCGGACGCCUCAGGGGUCGAGGGCUAAAAGUCGGCCCUCAUCCCAUCCCACCAGAGGCAGUCAGGCCGCUUCUUUCAACAGUGAAGAAGACGACCAAGAAGGCCACUACUACAGCGAUACGGAAACAGAGAACACACGUCGGGCCUUGUAUGUACGCAGUGGGUCGUACGUGAGCGACCAGGCUACCGAAAACUCAGAUAACAUCAGCACUACUCCCCUCAAAUCAAUGGUAUCGGCACCAUCCACAAAGUCACCAUCGGUGCUAAGUGGCGACAUGAACCAUGAUACCACCAGUCUUGAUGCGAGCACGGCCGAAACAUCGAUAGCUCCGUCGAGUGGAAGUCAUUGGACUGGUACCCAUUUGAACCCAUUAACCAUAAAUAGAGACAGUCUUGCCGCUAGCGUUCCCACCACCAACGAGGUACGGGAUCGCGACAGCGAAAGCAUUGUUACGUUGGCCAGCUCGACCCGGCGAGUACGGCGGCGGUCGCUCGAGACCAACUCGCUGACGGCGGGAAUAGCACCGGCGUCCAUCAUGGAGCGGAUCUCAGGCCAGCCGGUCACCACUACAAACAACUCAGCUUAUGCCAAUAGCUUUAACGAUCACGAUCACGAUCACGACCUGCAACAAAGUGUUACCAAGUCCAACUAGACUGUUGGGCUUUGCUUUGUUGAUACGCUUACGUAUCAUCGCUUUCGCCUAUCCAAAAUGUCACGAGGCUGAAAGCGCGCGAAAUGAAAACAUUAAUUGUUUGGAUUUAUAAUUAUAGUCUCUAGCUGUUUAAUCAACUAAGUUAUAUCCAGUCAACAACCCUCUUAUACAACCUUUGCUUGUCUAGCUCACCAUCCUUGAAUAACAAUGGGGACGUUUUCACAUGGCGAUGGGGUAAUUGAAGGGGAUGUUUAUGUCCAAAAAUUAUCCAGUUAUAUCAAGCGUAACGAAGAGAACCUUGCCAAUGGGCUAUUGAUGUUUUCCAAAAGUAAAAGUGCCAACGCUCAUAGGAUCAAACCCUCACGUUUGAGUAUAAGUCUUCACCACCUAUAUUACCUUCUCGAAAAGAUCGAGAAUUCUUCGUUGGGUGUGGAUAUUGGUCCUUUGAAUAUAAGGCUUGAUAAUCCAAACCACGAACCUACGUUCAUUUCGUUUAUGGCGAACAAUGCCCGUUCUUCCAAACACUUCGACAGCGAUGCCAGGUCUAUCACCUCCAUAAGCUCCAUGAAAUCAAUAGUUUCCACUGCCUCGGUAUACUGGCGUAAUUUAAAUGGUAAUAUGUCCAAGG